ACGGUGGAUGUAGGGUAGAGGGUAGCUAGUUCCCGUCACGGCUGACACAAAACUGAUUUUUGAUAGCUUUGUAGCUAUGUAGCGCUUGCUUUUUCUCCGUCUUUUCUCUUCAAAUAUAUUGGUAGCAUUUGACUUUUUGCAUAAGCUCAAGAGGAAGACAUAGAAAACCAUACGCUUUUCUCGCUAUACGGGAAGAGCACUAACUCGUACAAAAAUCGGCUGAAACGGAGAGAUCGAUCAAUAUCGAAGAAUUCGAGUACCAAUUCUCGAAAUGUCUUGCUAUUGCGCAAACUACUAUGGCUCCCUCAAUUGCCAGAAUAUGGUUCUAAAAUUUGGUGAUCAGUGCAGUUCAUGUCUUGCUCAAUCUCCAAGUCAUGAUGAAAAGCUUGAAUGGGGUGAUGCACUUCUAGGUCAGCAGUGGUUGGAGAAUUCGAGUAAGGAACAGAUGAGAAGAGAUGAGGAUAAGCCUAGGAGAGGAAGAGUUGGGAGGGCUGUAAAAUGAAGGUGCUAGAUAAGACAAAGGGUGUGAAAGAGGGAAAAAAGUUGUAAUGGUACGAUUGUGUUGGAUCUGUGGAUUAUCGGGUAUAGUUGUGGUCAUCAAAGGGUACUAGGUAUAUAGAAGCUAUAUGGGUGGACGGGUGGAUGGGUGGAUGGCAAAACUAGGUGUUGUCUUUGGGUGAGAAGUGCUCUUGGGGCUGGACUCAAUUUCGCAGAAGGGAUAACAUUAAUGAUCUUUGCUUUCUUGGAGGUCAAUGGAUCAUCUACAGGUUCCAUUUCACAUAUUCCAAAAACUUAGGUGGGCAAAAGAUUCAGUAAUUAAGAAAGAAAACAAACAAAAACCAGCGAAUGAAUU